CAUUUAUCGAUAUAUAUUAUACUUAUUGUUGCUGUGAAUGUACAGGUUUAUUUGAUAAUUAAAGAACCGGAUAGCUGGAUAUGGGUCGCCGGUUAGCAAAGAGCGGUGGCUAAGCUAGCGGCGUGCUAAGGAAGUUAGCAUGUGUGUUAGCAAGCCGGAGGAUGGUUCGCCGGAGGAUGGUUUCAAUUUCCCGCAUUUCAAACACUCUCUCCCGCUGCUGCCCGUGUUGUGCGUCCAUUCAGAGGAUUUAGAUUCAGCCUAUAAGCAUUUGGAUCAACGCUAAACUCCAAACAGUUACAAGUUAAGCACUUUUUGUACAAUGAGGACAUUUCUCAUGAGCGGACGGGAUUGUGGAAGCGUUGCUCUUUUGUUUUGACAAAGGAAGCCGAGUUUUUGUUUCGUGGUGUUUUUUUCUUUUUAAUAUUUAGAAUUAAUUUAUUAGGAUCAACGUUUAAUGGCGCCACACAGACACUCUGGCUCCACGAUGGGCUACGGUUCAGGAGGAAAAACGAAUGGUUUGUACCCGCCGUCCUCCACCAACAAGAAGCCGAGCGUGCAGCAGAUUCAAGCGGACCACGAGCUGUUCCUGCAGGCCUUCGAGAAGCCAACCCAGAUCUACAGAUUCCUUCGUACCAGGAACUUGAUCGCUCCCAUUUUCUUGCACCGCACGUUAACGUACAUGUCCCACAGAAACUCGAGAAACAACACCAAAAGGAAAAACUGGAAGGUGAACGAUUUUUUGUACAAAGUGGAGAAGACUCGAGGAGAACAGGAGACUCUGAGUCUAAACUCCAACCUGCAGCUCACCUUCACUGGAUUUUUCCAUAAAACAGGACGAUCGUGUCAGGACAGUGAGAACGAACAGAACACUGUAUCUUUGGAGGUGCUUCUCGUUAAAGUCUGCCACAAAAAGAGAAAGGAUGUGAGUUGUCCAGUAAAGCACUUCCCAGCAGGUAAAAAGUCUGUCCCCCUGAAUCCAGACUGUGGGGUGCAGAGCCGUCAGACCGGAGCCUCUCUUAUGGUCCCCAGCUCAGAGUUUGAACCCACAAACCAGCACACAGUCAAGUCCUACUCCCUGCUCUUCAGAGUCUGCUGCCCUGGAUUCAGACCGGCCCAGAACCACAGCCUGACCAACGGGGACGCCCUCCACAGCAGAGAUUUCUCAGAGGAAACGCUGAACAGGAAGCGGAGGAGCUCUUCUCUCAAAGAUGAGACAGAGACGACUUUCGUGGCACAGAUGACGGUUUUUGAUAAAAACAGGAGGCUGCAGCUUCUGGAUGGAGAGUAUGAGGUGUCUCUGCAGGAGGUGGAGGACAGUCCCAUUGGCAAAAAGAGGGCAACAUGGGAGACCACGGUGGAUGGAAGACGAUUGCCUCCAUUUGAAAACUUCUCCCAAGGUCCCACUCUUCAGUUCACUCUCCGCUGGACCAGUGACAGUUCAGAGACCCCCUCCGCCCCCACCACAAAACCUCUGUCCACCCGGAACACCGACACCAACCAGGAAGUUAACCAGGAAGUCAACCAGGAAGUUAACUCUGACGUCAACCAGGAAACAAGGACGAUAGCAUCACCUACACAAGCUGUUAAAGAGUCUGUAAACAUGGAUGUACAAAUGAAAAAAGAGCCCGUCUUGUCUGAACCACGACAGAAACUCCGCAUCUUCUACCAGUUCCAGUACAACCACAACACCCGUCAGCAGACCGAGGCCAGAGACGACCUGCACUGCCCCUGGUGCACCAUCAACUGUAGGAAACUCUACAGCCUCCUCAAACACCUCAAACUGUCGCACUCACGUUUCAUCUUCAACUAUGUGCCUCACCCUAAAGGCGCUCGGAUCGAGGUCUCCAUAAACGACUGUUACGACGGCUCUUACGCUGGAAACCCUCAGGACAUGCACAGCCAGCCCGGGUUUGCCUUCAGCAGGAACGGGCCGGUCAAACGCACCGCGGUCACUCACUUUCUCGUCUGCAGGCCUCGACGGUUAAAGCCGAGUCUUUCCGAGUUCCUGGAGUCUGAGGACGGAGAGCGAGACCAGACCAGGACCUACAUCAGCGGACACAACAGGCUGUACUUCCACAGUGACUGCUGUAUGCCGCUCCGAGCUCAGGAAAUGGACCGGGACAGUGAGGACGAGAGAGACCCUGACUGGCUCAAGGAGAAGACCAUUAAGCAAAUUGAAGACUUCACGGACGUCAAUGAAGGAGAGAAAGAGAUCAUGAAGCUCUGGAACCUCCACGUUAUGAAACACGGGUUUAUCGCAGACAACCAGAUGAACACAGCGUGCCUUCUGUUCGCCGAUCUCCACGGGUCGUACAUCGUCCAGAACGAUUUGUGCCGAAACUUCCUCCUUCACCUGGUCAGCAUGCACGACUUCAACCUCAUCACCACGGCAACAAUCGACAUCGCCAUGUCCAAACUCCGGGACAUUCAGAAACUGCAAAAACCUAAACUGGAUCGGAGUAACAACACAGAGGAGGAAGAGGAGGAGGAGGAGGAAGAGGACUGGGAGACUGCCGCCGAAUCACAACCGGAUAAUGAGUCGGAUGAAUUCAAAAACUGCUCGGAUGCGAUGAACGGAGCCGAGGCGGAAGACGAGAGAUGAAGAUAUAGAGGAAAAAAAACUUGAACUGUAACUUGUAAAACUUGAAUAUUUGAAUGUUAAAUGCUCUGCCUUAAAACGAGUGGAAUUACAUGGAAAAGAGUGGCACGGUUAUAACGUUUUGUUUAAUUGUGAAAAAAUAUGUUUGGUCCUUUUAGUAUGGUCAUCUUAAAAUGUGAGUAAGAUCCUCUAGGUGACUAAGAUCUAGAGAAGGUCGUAGGGCUGAGGUUGACUAAACACUUGGCCUAUUAAUCAAUUUGUUGACUAAAAAGGAGGUGUGACAGAAGCUCUCUAAACUAUUCUGUAUGUCUGUGUAUCUGACCCAAACUGCACUCUCAAGACUACGCCUGCAGGGGGAGUUCAUGCAAAAAGAACUAUUCGUGCAGAAAAAAAGUACCAGGACACAACAUAUUUAUAUAAAAACAAAUUAAACUUGUCAAUCAUGAGUUUAAUCUUGAAUAUAAAAGCCAAACAAUACUAAAACUGCAGCUAACUCGUUCACUCAAUAAACUUUCUGCUGUUGGUGGUUAUUUGGAUUCUUAUGAUCUAAAUAACCGAACUAAAAGACUAAAUGACUAAACGACUGCGGGAUGACGGUGGCUCAGUGUUUAGAGCAGUGGUCCCUCAAUCACAAAGGUCAGAGGAUCGAUUAUUGCUCGGACCAAGUUCUGUUGUUGCGUCCUUUGUCAAGACAUUUCUCCCAACUUGCUUAGUAUGAAAGUUUUGUGCGAGUGUUGGUGCUGGUCAAAGGGUCCGAUGGCGCAGAUUGGCAGCCUCUCUUCUGUUACUCUGCCUCAACUGUGUCUGCAAAUAUUAGCUUACAAUCACUGAAUGUGGAGUGAAUGCAUAGUUAUUAUAGUGGAGCACUUUGAGAGGCAUUACAAGUAUAAGGCAAUACUAUUAUUAUUAUUAUAACAGCCCUAGAAGGUUGCAAUCACUGCUAAAUCAACUUAUACACUGAAGAAAGUCAACACAUCUUGGUUUUCUACUACUCAAAAACAAGUCGAAAGUUGUCAGAUUUUCAAACAGCGAAAGGAGGAAGUACGAGCUGAAAUCUGUCUAAACAAAUCCUUGCUAUGGGGGAAAUCAAAGUGUACUCAAGAGAAAAGUUAGGUAGUGUUAAUACGAUACUAAAAAUUUGAUACUGAGGAAUAGCCUUGAUACUCGAUACCGAUUCUGAUACCAUAAUGAUAAUCAAAAACUCUUUCUUUAGACAAUAGAAUGUUAUUUUGAACAAAUCUUAGUACUUUCUUUUAUAUUCCCAUGUGGCCUUAUAUCUGUGUAAUCCCUCAGUGUCCAGUAGGUUCCAUAGUGGUCCAUGGGCGUAUACUAGUCUAUGUGUCUUAUACUUGUUCUGAUACAGCUCAAGAUCUUUCUAAAGCUAUUCAGGAAAGGUUCAUUUCUAUCCUGUGAAUGGGACUUUUUUUUAGUAUCGAUACCUGCUCAGUUUAGACGAUACUAGUUGUAGUAUCGAUGUAACCUUAUAAAUGAUGUAAAUGAUCAUAAUCGUGCCACUCGGAUCCAUUUAAGAUUCGCUCCACGUCUUGACCAAGAACUGUAAAUAUAAAGGACUAGAUUUUUUCAUUCAUUGUUGCGCAUAGAUCUAGAAACCAAAGUUGUUUUUUUUCAACCAACUUCCAAAUUUCUACUUAUUUAUAAUGGUGACACCCAUCUCCCAUCAAAUCAAGUUUUUUUUUUGCUAUUAAUUUCAAUCCAUACCUCCAAUUUUCCAGUUUCAAGAGGUGGAACUGUCAACUUGAAACUUUGUAGAACUCUGUUGCACCAAUUUGUUAUAUUUUGAUUCAUACCACUUUGUGAAAUUCAGUACAACGUUUUGAAAUUUUAGUUUUGCAAAUAUUAAAUACAUCGUUUUGGUUUUAACUGAAGCUGAAGGUCUAAAGGGUCCAUAUUACGCUAUUUUCUGAUCUCUGUUAUGUUUCCUCAUCACAAACAUACCUGGAGUUGUAUUUUGUUUCAUUCACACAUGUUUAACUCACAAACCCUACAUGUAUUAUAUUUAGGCUGUGUUCUUCUCUCAAACAGAAAACACUCUGUUCCACCUUGUGAUGUCAUGUGGUAAUACAGGAAAUGCUUCACUGUGUUUUCAAACUCCAUACACCUUCACUACAAUCAUUUGGUUAAUUUCAGCCCUGGAAUUUCCAAUCUCUACUCAACUAAAUGUAAAAGGCAGCUGUUAACUUGAAACCUAUUGCUUCGUGACAUUGCAAGAUGGAGUAUUUUGAGCUUUGGAGAUGUAGACAGACCAACAAUACAGGUUCACUUAAAUGUGUGAAUGAAGCAAAAUCUAAACUGGACAAGACGUUGUAGGAAUGAAGACAUUUGGCUGCUCAUCCAAGCUGCUUCUUCACUUCUGGUCAGAUUACAGGUGGACACUGCCUUAUAUCUGUCUGAAGGGAGCAGAUAUGUAUCAGUGAAACAAAAAAAUCCAUGUAUGUUUUUGACAAGGUAACACCAAUUUAACUUUGCUUAAAGCUCUCAAGAGUCCAUUUUGUGUAAUAUAGGACCUUUAAGCACAAUUGGGUUUUUUUUGUUUUUUUUUCAGGCAGCAACAUUUUCUCUCGAUGCUGGAUAUUUUUGGUAAUUAUUGCUGUAAAAAAUACAAAAAUGUGACAUGUUUAAAUGUAAACAGUCAGCCAUUAAAGUCUAAAAACUACUUG